GCGGCUGUCCCUCACAAUAAUAUACUUUCAUUUAUUAUACAAUCCUCCACGAUAGGCUUUGGUUUUCUUUGCUGCUGUCCGCCGCUUUCGGCCCUUCCCCUUCGUCUCCGUCGCCGUCCCUGCCGAUACCGAGUUCUGAUUCCGAGUUCCCGACCGCCGAGUCCAAGAUCCCCUUCGUCUUCCUCUGAAUCCGAGGCUAUCUGGUAAUGGGUUCUUCAUUAGGUGAAGCUACUAAGAUGGCGUAUCGUAAUCUUCUCAAAGCUGUGAAGAAACACCUUGGUAAAGAAGAGCGCAACAACCAUUUCACAGAGUUCAUAUCCCAAGAGUUUCGCAAUAGCCUUCAGCAGUCAUCCGAUCUCUCCUCCAUUCAGCACAAACUCAAGCUUGCCCGUGAUUACACGCUCCUUCUCAACAGCGUCCACCACCAGAAGGACUUGCUGUUUUCUUACAACAUUGCUGUGGAUAGAUCCGAUGAAAUGAAAAAAGUACUUGGAAAAUCUGCAGCAAGUGUGGGUCUUAAGCUUCCAGAAGUUUAUCAGCCUUGAUGGAAGGUAUUGUUUCUGCUCAUUUGCUGUACUUGUGCUUUGUUCCAGCAGUUGCAAUCAGCUCAGCUGGUCUUCAAUUCUGCAACUGCCAACUGGGUUCGGGGGGAAUCAGCUUCGAGUAAAUUAGGGCAAUUUUGAUUCAUUAUACAGACAGACAGACUAUUUGCAUUUGUAGUCUGGGACUCUUCUGUUGUCCACUCUUUGGAAUCCUCCUCGUUUGCUGAUUCCGUUCUUGGCACAUUCAAAUUCAACACCAAUUGCAAUUGUUUCAUUCUGUUUGGAGAUGUGACCCAGUAAAAGAUGGAAAACGCUUGUAGCUUUCUUACCAUUCUAUCAGUUAAAUUCAAAAGUUUUAUUAAAUUUGUAAGGGUAAAUUACUUUUAACUCAAGGUAAAUUUGUUAUAAAAUUUAAUUUAAUUCUCCAUUCUAUCAAUUGCUUCAUUUUUUUU